CCGGCUCCUCCGCUUGUGCUCCCGGCUCCCGCCGCUGCCCCGCCAUGGCCGCUUCCUCCUGCCGCCCCGCUCCGCCGCGGCCCGCCACCCACCUGAUCUUUGACAUGGACGGUCUCCUGCUGGAUACUGAGCAUCUUUAUACUGUGGUUUUUCAAGAAAUUUGUGAACGCUUUGGAAAGGCGUAUACCUGGGAUUUGAAAUCAUUAGUCAUGGGUAAAAAAGCACUGGAGGGAGCACAGAUUAUUCGAGAUGUACUUGAACUUCCGAUGACCAAAGAGGAGCUACUGCAUGAAAGUAAAAUGAAGCAGGAAAAAAUAUUUCCUAAUGCUGCAUUGAUGCCAGGAGUUGAAAAGCUGAUCCGCCAUCUACACCAACACAAUGUACCUAUAGCUAUUGCCACUAGCUCAGCCGGAGUGACAUUUCAGAUGAAAACAAGCAAACACAAAGACUUCUUUAGUCUAUUUCAUCAUAUUGUGUUGGGAGAUGACCCAGAUGUGAAGAACAGCAAACCACAGCCUGAUGCAUUUUUAGUUUGUGCAAAGAGAUUUCAUCCUCCUCCUCCUCCAGAAAAGUGUCUUGUGUUUGAAGAUUCUCCACUUGGAGUGCAAGCAGCAUUGGCAGCUGGGAUGCAAGUGGUUAUGAUUCCAGAUGAAAAUUUGAAUCAAGAUCUUACAAAGGAAGCAAAUCUAGUGCUGAAAUCUAUGGAGGACUUUGAACCAGAACUGUUUGGUUUACCACCAUAUGACUAAGGACUAAUAUAUUUCUGCAUGUUCUUAGUU